AUGGCACAGCCGGCCGAAGACCAAGCAGCCUGCUCGCCGUGCUGUCGGCGCUGCCCGUGCGGGCUGCGGCGGUUGUCGUGGGGAGCAUUCGUUGACUGUCUGUGCGGAUCAGAUUUAACCGUUCGCGACUGCGUUCGUCUUCUUCCAUGUGUUCUGUGGUGCUUCCUGUCUAUUCUCUCCUCGGUUCUCCACGUCGUCAUCCCCGUCAGUGAGGACCGGUUUCCCCCUACUAUGCCCAUGUUCUGGGGUUGGCUGUCUGCGCUCCCUGCAUCCGUGUGUGCGGUGUUGAUCUUGCUGUACCACCGAGACGGGAUUCAAGAGCGUGGCAUCUCCAGGGAAACUGCAAGGAAUUUUGGCACCUUUUAUGGCUUCUUUUCGGUCAUGGGCUGUUUCGUCUACUUCACCUUCGUCAUUUCCGCCGUCGUCAUGGUUUUCAGUUGCAACACAACUAUCACGGUUCACGGCCUCUCAAACUGCGACCCAGGGAACUUUGGAUACAACGCGUUUUGGUUCUUCAUGACGGUGACGUGGCUGAUAUUCCAGAGCUGCUUGACCCCGCGGGCUCGCUUCAUUGAGGAGCUGGUUCUGAAGCACGAGCAAGCGCAGGCAGCUGUUGGAACGAGCCUCGCAGUGAUGCCAGGGUCGCCUGGCUACGGCAACGGGGCGGGUGCUGUGGUCGGCGCCGGCGUCCACCCAACUGUUUACGGCAAUCCGGCGAGUGUCGCUGUGUACGAAACGCCUACGGUAUAUGAAAGUUCCACUGGCGUGAACGGCUCGACUGCGUACCCAAAGAAGGCUGAUGCUGACAGCUAG